UGAAGGCGUUAGGCUCCUCCCCCGCAUCCGCACCACCGCGCGUCCUCACCGUCUCCAACCUGGAUCUGCUGCCCCAGAGCAUCCCCGUCUCGCUCCUUUGCGCCUACCGGAGCCCCUCCUCCGGCGGCGGCUUCCGCGAAGUCGUCGCGGCCUUCGAGGCCAAGCUGCCGUCCCUGCUCGACCACUUCCUCCCCCUAACCGGCCGCAUCGUCGUGGACCCGCGGUCCGGGCGCCGGGAGAUGCUGCACUGCGAUAACCAGGGCGCGGAGCUCGUCCUCGCCGAGGCCGGCGUGGCCCUGGCGAGCCUGGACUACGGCCAACUGGGCGCGUCGCUGGCCGAGGUCGGCAUCCCCGUCAAGUACGACGCCGGCGUCGCGCUCUCGGUGCAGCUGGUGUCGUUCGCCUGCGGCGGGUUCGCCGUGGCGUGGGCCAGCAACCACGUGCUCAUCGACGGGUACUCGCUGUGCAUGAUCGCCACCGCGUGGUCCGAGCUUGCGCGCUCCGGGGCGAUCUCCGCCGCCCCGAACCACGACCGCUCCGUGUUCCGCCCACGCGCCACGCCGUCCUACAGCCCCUCGUUCGGCGAGCAGUUCACGCCGCUGGAGGGCGCGCACCUCGUCAACGCCCUGACCACCCAGUGCUCCUUCGUCGGGCGCACGUACUACGUCGAGGCGCGAGACCUCGAGACGCUGCGCGCUCAGGCGAGCCAGGACGGUGUGGUGGCCACCCGCCUCGAGGCGCUGUCCGCGUACCUGUGGAAGGCCUUCGCAGCCGUCGUGGGCGCGUCCGACGAGAGCUGCCGCAUGGGCUGGUGGGUGAACGGGCGGCGCCGUCUCGCCGCGCCGAGGUACAAGGCGGCGAUGCGCGACUACGUCGGCAACGUCACCACCUUCGCGGUGGCCGAGGCAGGCGUGGAGGACACCCGCCGGCGGUCGCUCCAAGACAUCGCGUCGACGGUGCGCGAGACGAUCUGGUCCACGGCCACGGACGAGCACUACCAGCAGCUGGUGGACUGGGUGGAGGAGCACAGGGCUACCAAAACCGGGACACAUGGGGGCAUUGGACCCGGUUUAGCGGUCCGUCACGCCCCGUCCCCGUCUUCACCGCCGUUGAUCACCCGCACGGAUCUCAUCGCCGGCACCACUGUGGUGAGCCUCUUGUUCUUAUCUUCUUUCUGA